AUGGCUUUUCGCGGCGAACGUUUUGUCCUUGAUCUGGACGAUGAGUCCCCUAAUGACUUGAAGCCAGUGCCUUUUGACCUCAUCGGCGAGAUUCGUGAAAGAGAGCCGACCUCCGCCAACCCGCUCGCACCCGCCCCUCCAACUCCCACCGCUUCUUCCACCGGAUUCCCCGCGCACCGCAAACGCAAUAAAAUCUCCUCGUUCAAGCAGCGACGGGCGCAGCAGGAACAAGAGCAAGAUCAGGCUGCUGCACCGGUCACAGAGCUAUCUCCGCCAACCGUGCAAGAUGACAAGAAAUCUAUCGCGGACGAGAACCGCCGGCAUCUGGCAUCCAUGUCAGAGAGGCAGAUUAAGCACGAGCAGGAAGAGUUGAUGGAAUCGAUGGAUCACAGUCUACUAGAGCGCUUCCUUCGUCGAGCUAAGAUCGAGGAUCCUGGACAUGAAACCAACGAACAGCCCAAGCCGGCACCUGCAACAGAAAGCCCGGCGGCACCAAAGCCAAAGAAAUCUGUUUCCUUCGACAUUCCAGCUGCUAAGCCCGAGCCUGCCCCAAAACCGUCCGUUCCAGUGGUACCAUCGCCUAAAGCACCCACCAAACCGCGUGGACGUGAUGAUGCACCCCCAACUCAAACACCCACCGACCUCCAUCCCGCCUCAGAACGACCCUCCCUCGACCCAGCCAUAAUCGAGCCCUUCCACUUCCCGCAACCAAACCAGCCAAUGCCAACCCUCGACCCAUCCUCUCCAAGCUUCCUCUCCGAUCUCCAAUCCCACUACUUCCCCGAGAUAUCCCACGACCCAACUGCGCUCUCAUGGCUCCAACCUCCACCAGACGACGAAGAAGAUCCCGCCUCAACCUCAGCCUACCACCCAGCCAGCAACGCCAUCUCCAUUGCACCGUCUGCAAUCCGGUUUUCACUUCGUGGCUCCAUAAUCGCUCCAAAUACAUCUCUCUCACUCCCCACGACCCUCGGCCUGCACCACCACGGCGACGAUCCCCAUGCAGCGGGAUAUACAAUCCCGGAGCUAGCGAUCCUCUCGCGCUCCACAUUCCCCGCUCAACGCUGCGUAGCCUGGCAAGUCACCGGACGAAUUCUCUUUCGUCUCGGCCGUGACGAGUUCGGAGAACGCGGCGGACAACUAUCAGAGGGACUGUGGUUCGUCAUUGAGAAAGAAGGUAUUGUGGGCGGCAUGUUGGCUGAGGCGGAGGGUAUUCCGGAUCCUCAGAGUCGAGCCGCGAUGAACGAGAAGGAGGAAAGUGGGGCGAGUGCUACGCCUUUAGCUUCGGGUAUUGGACGCCAUGCGAGUGCUACUGCAUGGGCCACUGAGGGUGUUUGGCUGUGGCAGAAGGGCGGUGGUGGUGAUCGUGGAUUGUUGAAGGAGGGACAGUCUCGGCCGCGGUAG